AUGUCAGAAGUUAUAUUCCAAACUGAAGACAACAAAAACAACAACACAGACAUUACCUCCUUAUCCCUUAGAAACUCAAAGAAGCUCCAUGAAAUUAUAAUCGAAUCAAAAGAUUAUAAUAACACACUAAAGACUGAUAAUGAAAAUAAUAAUUUAACUGAAUCCACAACUGACGAUACUGUAGCAAACAAUCAAUUCUCAUCAAAAAAAACAUCAACAGGAAUGGAAUUCAGAGUGAUGAUACGUAAUAUACCUAGAUAUGCCAACGUUAAACAGUUGAAAAAACACAUUAUUUCCGUGGGUGUUGAGAAUCCUGGCAAAAUUGCAAAAUCUCCUAGCUGGGAUUACGCGUUCCUCACCUUGAAGACUCAAGAAGAGCAAUCAUCUGCCUUGGAACUAUUAAACAAAUCGAAAUACAAAAAGAAUAAGAUAUUCGCAUGCGUUUCAAAUGUCUCACACGAGCUUCGAGAAGCUAAAAUUAAUUCUCUGAUUGCUAAACGCCAAGAAGAACAAAAGAAUGAUACGCGUAGCCCAAAAGAACAACUUGCUGAUAAAGUGACUCCAUUGCACGCUGUGCCAUAUAACGAGCAAUUAGAGCAGAAACAGGAAUCUAUGAAAAAAAUCCUCAAGAAAUUUCGUGAAGACAUGUUAGAUUUACCGAAAAUUGAUGAGACUUCAUGGGUCGUUAAUAAAGAAGAAAACCUUCCGUGUGAACUUUUGAAUAUUGUUCAAUCUCCAAAGAUUACGGGAUACCGGAAUAAAUGUGAAUUCACGAUCGGAUAUAAUAUGUCCAAUGAGAAAACUAUUGGGUUUCUGCUAGGCGGGUUUAGUCAAGGAAUACUUAGUGUGGUGGAGCCAAAUGAUUGCGUACAUAUAAGUUCAACAGCAAAGCGUAUAGCUCAAGUGAUGCAGGAAUACAUUCGAUCGUCUCAUUAUGAUGUAUAUAAUCGUAAAACUAAACAAGGAAAUUGGCGAUUAUUGACGGUUCGAACACAAGAAAAUGGUCAAUCUAUGGUCGUCGUCUCUUUCCAUACUCAAUCACUCCCUGAAGAAGAAAUCACAAAUCAAAAACAAGAUCUCAUAAAAUAUUUUACCGGACCUGUUAAAGAACAGGGAAUUAGUAUUGAUUCUUUGUAUUUCCAUAAAAAUGUGGCUACGUCUGAUGGAUUGUCCUUUGUGGAAGAGAUUGAAUGUAUUUGGGGAGAUCAAUAUAUUUAUGAGGAUAUGUUGGAUUGUAGAUUCCGUAUAUCUCCCAAAUCCUUCUUCCAAGUAAAUACAAAAGCCGCUGAAUUGCUAUACUCAAAAUGCCAAGCAUGGGCGUUGGAAGGUACAACAGACAUCAAUGAACAAAGCGCAACAUCCCGAAAAACUACUAAAUUACUGGACCUUUGUUGUGGGACUGGUACCAUUGGUAUUACGAUGGCAAGAAAGUUUGAUCAAGUGGUUGGGGUAGAGCUUGUGCCAGAGGCGAUCGAAGAUGCAAAGUUUAAUGCAGAGUUGAACAAAAUUCAAAAUGUGGAAUAUCAUGCUGGUAAAGUCGAAGAGUCACUGAACGUAUUGAAUACACAGACUCACGAUUCUGUUGUUGCUGUUCUUGAUCCUCCAAG